UUCAAAACACAACACCAUCUUCAUAGACUAUAAAGUAGAGCCUCAAAAUCAUAACGGUCUCUCUUCCAGUACUUAUUUCCUUCUCAACUAUUACUUUGUUCUUUGGCAUUUUGGCAUUUUUUUCCCCGGGUCUAGUCUUUUAGAGUCACAUGGAAUCUAAUGUGGUAGAAACCAAGGGUGGAACUGUUUCUGUAGCUUCCGCAUUUGCUGGCCAUCAAGAAGUUGUAAAGGAUAGAGACCACAAAUUCCUAAAAAAGGCAGUGGAAGAGGCAUACAAAGGAGUUGAAAGUGGAGAUGGAGGGCCUUUCGGAGCAGUUGUUGUGAAGAAUGAUGAAGUUGUUGUGAGUUGCCACAACAUGGUUCUCUCCUGCACUGAUCCCACCGCCCAUGCCGAGGUCACUGCCAUCAUAGAGGCAUGUAAGAAACUGAAGAGGAUUGAGCUUUCUGAUUGUGAAAUUUAUGCCUCCUGUGAGCCUUGUCCUAUGUGCUUUGGCGCCAUCCACCUUUCAAGAAUUAAGAGGUUGGUUUAUGGAGCCAAGGCUGAAGCAGCGAUUGCUAUCGGGUUUGACGACUUCAUUGCGGAUGCAUUACGGGGCACUGGAUUCUAUCAAAAGGCUCAGUUGGAGAUCAAAAGAGCCGAUGGCAAUGCAGCCAUAUUUGCCGAGCAGGUCUUUGAGAAAACAAAGGCAAAGUUCCAAAUGUACUGAAUUUCAGUUGCAUCUUUUGUUAUGUCUACUACUUGACUGGUUUUGAAACUUUUCUUGUUUGUAAGUUGUGUGUAAAUGUCUUGCACACUUUUUAACCUUGAAAUGUUGAUAGUGAUAAUGAAAGCUGUGUUUUCUUUCUUUAAAGCUUAGAGGCUAAAUAGAUAAACUCCUAAAGACGUAAAAUGUUUAUUAACUACUCAUCAUUUUGCAUAUAA